AUGACCGUUGUCGAGAACAUUAGCUGGUCCGAAUUACUGAAGCAUACAAAUCUCACAGCCGAACAUGGUAAUGACGGCAACCGAAUUGCCACGGCAACUGAAACCUUGCAGCAAGCAGCACACCAAUUCGUUCAAGUCAUCAACGAACGUGCCCGGCUUUUAGCCAAGAGUGCUCAAUUUGAUGCGGCUUUACGGGAUGCAGCAGCCAUAGUUGCCAUAUUACCGGCAUCAGGGCUUGGAUACUUGUGUAUGGGAGACGUGUACUGUCAACAAGGACAUCAUUCCGCAGCCAUUUCCAUAUACGAUCAAGGGGUUGAAGCAGUACCUGAAUCAGAUGCCCAUUAUCAGCACCUUCGACAACAUCGGAUGACAGCAACAACCAAGAACAGCCAACACGUCGACUUCAUCAGCCGAUUACCAUUGGAUAUCGUUGUCACCAAUAUUAUACCGAGGAUGGAGCUAGAUUCCACAUCAUUUACGUCAUUUGAGCCUCUUUACGUAUCACGUGCAUGGCAGGAGCGUAUCUUGAGGGCUCCUAAGGGUUUACACUUUGGCUUUGAUGGAGAAAAAUUCAAUGAGGAUCAAGCGCAGAUUGUCAAGUUUGCACCCUAUGUUCAGAGCUUGGUGGGAUGUAGGACCGAUUUUCAUUUGGACGAUCUCUUUUCUCGAGCACAUUUUGCCAAUCUUAAGGAGCUAGAAAUCAAUCUUAUGGAGACCACUCUAAGCCGUCCAGUAAUGAAGGGUCUACAAAUGGUGGCGGACUCGCUGACUCACUUGGCCAUUAGUGGGUGUCCCCAUAUCCAGUUACGUGAUCUCCUUGAAUCAUGCCCAAAGCUUGUAUCCCUUAAUGCAACUGAUGUGGAACUUGUUAUGCCUUCCUUGCCAUUCUCACGCUUUCCAAAAAUGUCGCAUUUGUCACUUCGCAACAUAGAGGAAACAGCUCUCACGUAUAACAAUAUGCAUGAUGUCCUCAGCCGGUUUCCUUCUUUGUUGUCGUUGGAGAUUACGCAGAUGCCUGAAUCCAGAGUCUUGACACUUCUACACGAGGAUUGUCCAUACCUACAGGAGCUUUAUUAUGGUUGUCGCGGCAAUGGCGAUCACGAAUUUGACACCCAUCCAAAUCUAAAAGGGGUCACGACGGCGCAUUUAGGAGAUGAAGACUUUUCUUAUGAGCAAGACGACCUGAUACAAUUUCUACACCUGCACAGACAUUCAUUGAAAACGAUUGAUUUUGGCUGCUCUCAUAUUAAUGACAACAAUUGCAAUUGGAAGUUGGAGAAUGGACAAGUACUACAGGUACACGAUCAUCGAGAUGUACCUCGUUUACGCCAUAAUGAUGAUCCAAUUCAAACAAAGACCGUAUUCACACGACUUGUCAACAUUGAUUUUUCGAAUUGUAAGCCAUCAUCAUCUCGUGACUUUAUGAUAUGGUUGAUGUCGAAUGCUCCCAAUCUCAAAGCCAUCCGUCUCACUGAAUCCCAUUUUCUACCUGAUGUCUCAAACGCCAUGAUCAAGAUGAGCAACCUUUCAAAGUUGGAAAUUACCAAGAUCAAGGGCACUGCCGAGUUUUUCAGUCCCAUCAUUUCAUUCAUGCUGCAUCAUAAUGCAAUGGAGGAUCGGUCAACGCUCGAAGAACUCAUUCUACACAUAGAUGAUGGGACAAUGCAUGCGGUAGUAUGGCUGAACCUAAUUUCUCAAAUGAAGCGUCUCAAGGACUUGAUAUUGCUCACGGAUGUCAUUCCCCAAUAUUGCUUACCAACAUUGGCGAACAUUGCUCGAGAUUGCUCCUCUCUGGAAAGCUUAACGCUCGGUACUGAGUAUGGCUCCUAUUUUACUGAUGGCGUCAUAACGUCUUUGUGUCCACAUCCCAAGCUAAAGUAUCUCACGAUUGGAGCUAAAUCAUUAUCAGCCGCCGACUUUUUCGCAUUGCCUACAUUUCCUAGUCUAGAACGUCUUCGUCUUCAAUAUCAUAUUCCACAUUUGACUAAAGACAUGUUACGUAAACACAUUCCAAAAGUCAUUAUUGAAUAA